AUGCGUCAGUCACCGUCGACGGAGACCGAAUCCCGUGAGGACUUUCCUCACUUGCCGCUCACUUCUGCCUCGGCGGAAGACGAUUUCGGUUACCGCGCCAACUCGAAGCAGCUCACGCGAUGCCGAAUACACUCUGGUUGA